GGAUGCUGACUGGUGGCGGCGGUUCCUCUCGGGACUGUCACUGAGCGGCUCCGCCGGGCCUCUUGUCCUGCGCGAUGGCGGCGGAGGAGGCCGGGGGAGCGUCUUGUUCUUCGGCGCCGGGGCCGGUGUCGACCGGGCCCGGGCCAGGGCCUGGCCUCUGCGAGUGGCUGCUGCUGCGGGACGGCUGCCUGCGUUGCGACGCCGACGGACUCUGCAGCCUCUGUUACCACCCGGCGCUCAACGCCAUCCUGGCCGUGACCGCCCGCGGCGCCAUCAAAGUCAUCGACGGCACCUCAGGGGCUACGCUGCAGGCGUCGGCGCUCAACGCUAAGCCAGGUGGACGGGUGAAAUGUCAAUACGUUUCUGCUGUGGACAAAGUCAUCUUUGUGGAUGAUUAUGCAGUUGGAUGUAGGAAAGAUCUGAAUGGCAUCUUGCUGUUAGACACAGCUCUGCAAACACCUGUUUCUAAGCAAGAUGAUGUGGUUCAGCUUGAAUUGCCAGUGACAGAGGCUCAACAACUGUUAUCUGCUUGCAUAGAGAAGGUGGAUGUGUCAAGCACAGAGGGAUAUGAUUUGUUCCUCGCACAACUGAAAGAUGGCUUAAAAAAUACCUCACAUGAAACAGCAGCAAACCACAAAGUUGCGAAGUGGGCAACAGUUACUUUCCAUCUCCCUCAUCAUGUAUUGAAGUCUGUCGCCAGUGCCAUUGUAAAUGAACUCAAGAAGAUAAAUCAAAAUAUUGCUGCCUUACCUGUAGCUUCAUCUGUAAUGGAUAGAUUAUCUUACCUCUUGCCCAGUGCGCGGCCGGAACUUGGUGUGGGGCCUGGCCGAUCAGUGGAUAGGUCUUUAAUGUAUAGUGAGGCUAACAGAAGGGAAACAUUCACCUCAUGGCCUCAUGUAGGUUAUAGGUGGGCACAGCCAGAUCCCAUGGCUCAAGCUGGGUUCUACCAUCAGCCUGCCUCAUCAGGAGAUGACAGAGCCAUGUGUUUUACGUGUAGCGUGUGUUUGGUGUGCUGGGAGCCAACAGAUGAACCUUGGUCUGAACAUGAACGACAUUCCCCAAACUGCCCAUUUGUGAAAGGCGAACACACACAGAAUGUGCCCCUCUCGGUCACUCUGGCAACAAGUCCAGCACAGUUUCCAUGUACAGAUGGCACAGACAGAAUAGUCUGCUUUGGGUCUGGAAGCUGCCCUCACUUUUUAGCUGCUGCAACAAAACGAGGAAAGAUCUGUAUAUGGGAUGUUUCAAAACUUAUGAAGGUGCACUUAAAGUUUGAGAUCAAUGCUUAUGAUCCAGUAAUUGUACAGCAGCUUGUAUUGUCUGGUGACCAGAGCUCAGGGGUUGACUCAAGGAGGCCAACAAUAGCAUGGAUAGAAGAUUCGUCUAGCUGUUCAGAUAUACCAAAAUUAGAAGGAGACAGUGAUGAUUUACUGGAGGAUUCAGACAGUGAAGAGCAUUCCAGAUCAGAAUCAGUGACGGGACAUACAUCACAAAAGGAAACCAUGGAAGUGAGCCUUGAUAUAACAGCCCUCAGCAUUCUUCAGCAGCCGGAGAAACUUCAGUGGGAAAUAGUUGCAAAUGUACUUGAAGAUACAGUGAAAGAUUUAGAAGAACUUGGGGCAAAUCCUUGCCUAACUAACUGUAAGAGUGAAAAGAUGAAGGAAAAGCAUCUGGAACACCACAACAUUCCCUUUCCUUGUUUAUUAGCUGGAGGUUUAUUAACACACAAAUCGCCUGCUACCUCUCCUGUUAGUAGUAAUUCUCAGAGGUCACUGGAUGAUUUAAGCAGGACUCAAGGUGGCAGUGUAUCAGACCAGGGAUCAACUGACAAUGAAUCCUGUACUAAUUCAGAACUAAAUUCUCCUCUGGUAAGGAGAACUUCACCUAUAUUGCUGCUUUACAGCAUUAAGGAAUCUGAUGAAAAAGCAGGAAAAAUCUUUUCACAAAUGAACAAUAUCAUGAGUAAAAGUUUACAUGAUGAUGGUUUUACAGUUCCACAGAUCAUAGAGAUGGAGCUAGAUAGUCAGGAGCAACUGCUGUUGCAGGAUCCUCCUGUGACCUACAUUCAGCAGUUUGCAGAUGCAACCGCGAGCCUAACGUCUCCUGACUCUGACAAGUGGAACUCUAUGGUUCCCAAGCCUGGGACUUUGGUUCAGUGCCUACGGCUGCCAAAGUUUGCAGAGGAGGAGAACUUCUGUGUAGAUUCAAUCACUCCUUGUGCAGAUGGAGUUCAUUUAUUAAUAGGACUGCGGGCAUGCCCUGUUGAAUCCCUGAGUGCAAUAAAUCAAGUAGAGGCCUUGAAUAAUUUAAAUAAAUUAAACUCGGCACUAUGUAACAGAAGGAAGGGGGAAAUAGAAUCCAACCUUACUGUAGUGAAUGGUGCAAAUAUCAGUAUGAUCCAGCACGAGUCACCAGCAGACGUGCAGACGCCUUUAAUAAUUCAACCAGAGCAGCGGAGUGCUAGUGGCGGCUACCUAGUACUUUACAAAAUGAACUAUGCCACUAGAAUUGUGACUCUAGAAGAGGAACCCAUAAAAAUCCAGCAUAUCAAAGACCCCCAGGAUACCAUUACCUCAUUGAUUUUGCUCCCACCGGACAUAUUGGAUAAUCGAGAAGAUGACUGUGAGGAGCCUACAGAGGAAAUACAAAUAACUUCUAAGAAUGGCGGCGAUAGAGAGAAACGAUCAGAAAUCUCUACUCUUGGGCAUCUGGUAAUAACCACUCAGGGAGGAUAUGUAAAAAUACUAGACCUUUCAAACUUUGAAAUUCUGGCCAAAGUGGAGCCACCUAAAAAGGAGGGAACUGAGGAACCAGAUAAAUUUGUCUCUGUAAUAUACUGCUCUGGCACAGAUAGACUCUGUGCAUGCACCAAAGGUGGAGAACUUCACUUUCUCCAGAUUGGAGGGGCUUGUGAUGAUGUUGAUGAAGCUGAUAUACUUGUAGAUGCAUCUCUUUCAAAAGUCGCAGAGCAGUUAGCAGAAGGCACAAAGCCUUUAUCUAACCCUUCCAGUCCAGGCAUUACAGGAGUUGAUCUUUUAGUGGACCAGCCAUUUUCCCUUGAAACUUUGACAUCAUUAGUGGAGCUUACUCGCUUUGAAACUUUGACACCACGAUUUUCUGCCACGGUUCCUCCAUGCUGGGUUGAGGUACAACAAGAACAGCAGCAAAGGCGGCACCCACAACACUUGCACCAGCAGCAUCAUGGGGAUGCAGCUCAGCAUACUCGGACUUGGAAAUUGCAAACAGAUAGCAACAGCUGGGAUGAACAUGUCUUUGAACUGGUUUUACCAAAAGCCUGUAUGGUUGGACAUGUAGACUUCAAAUUUGUUUUGAAUUCAAACAUCACAAACAUUCCACAGAUUCAACUGACUUUAUUGAAAAAUAAGGCUCCAGGCUUAGGAAAAGUCAAUGAAGCAGCUGUAGAUAGACAGAUAACUUUUCCUCUGUCACCAGCUCAUAAUGUUGAAAUGGAAAGGAAUGGAAAACCAGGACUGGAUGAUUUGAAUGAAGAAAUGCAAAACAUGGAUGUAGAGGAGUCACAAUGUCUUCGGCUAUGUCCCUUUUUAGAAGAUCAUAAAGAAGAUAUUUUGUGUGGUCCUGUAUGGUUGGCUACUGGACUUGAUCUAUCAGGGCAUGCUGGAAUGUUGACACUAACAAGUCCAAAGCUUGUUAAAGGUAUGGCAGGUGGCAAAUACCGUUCAUUUUUAAUUCAUGUGAAAGCAGUGAAUGACAGAGGAACAGAAGAGAUCUGCAAUGGUGGAAUCUGGCCUGUUGUAAGGAUACCAUCUCUAAAACCUCAGAAUAGCAAGGGUCAUUCACUUGCUUCACUUUUGGCGAAAGUUGCAGCAGGCAAGGAUAAGUCGUCUAAUAAAACAGAGGCCAGCAAUUCAUCACGGAAAUCUGACAACCUCCGAGGAUGCGACUUGCUUCAAGAAGUCUCUGUAACCAUUCGAAGAUUUAAAAAAACAUCUGUUUCAAAGGAAAGAGUUCAGCGGUGUGCUAUGUUACAGUUCUCAGAAUUCCAUGAGAGACUUCUUAGCACACUUUGCAAAAAGGCAGAAGAUGGCGCUGUCACAGAGCAUGCUCAGAGUCUUGUGUUAGACAUACUAUGUUGGCUGGCAGGAGUUCAGUCCAAUGGACCGGGCAGUUCAAAAGAAGCAAAUGAGAGCUUACUAUCUAAAACAAGGAUGUGUCUCUUCGAUAUAGUGCGUGUUUGCUUCUUUGAAGCAGGGCGAAGCAUAGCACACAAAUGUGCACGGUUUCUUGCUCUUUGUAUAAGCAAUGGGAAGUUUGAACCAAGUCAACAAGGAUUUGGCUCAGUUCUUCUGAAGGCUUUGCUUGGCAAUAUAUCUUAUUUACCUGCAGCUGCAACUGGAGGAUCUGUUUAUUGGUAUUUCGUAUUGCUGAAUUAUGUAAAGGAUGAAGAUUUAGCUGGUUGCAGUACUGCUUGUGCAUCCCUGCUAACUGCAGUGUCCAGACAGUUACAGGAUCGGUUAACACCUAUGGAAGCGUUACUUCAAACAAGGUAUGGAUUAUAUAGUUCACCUUUUGAUCCAGUGCUCUUCGACUUGGAAAUGAGUGGCUCUUCUUGUAAGAAUAUAUAUAACAGCAGCAUUGGUGUACAAUCAGAUGAGAUUGAUUUAUCUGAUGUUCUCUCAGGAAAUGGGAAGAUCAGUAGCUGUGCAGCCGCUGAAGGUAGUUUUACUUCCCUCACUGGUCUCCUGGAAGUUGAACCUCUGCACUUUACUUGUGUUUCGACUAGUGAUGGAACCAGAAUAGAAAGGGACGAUGCAAGUACGUUUACUGUGAGUACCUUCGGGGUUACCCCAGCAGUUGGUGGCCUCUCAUCUGGGACAGUUGGGGAAGCCUCGACAGCACUGAGUUCAGCGGCCCAGGUAGCUUUGCAGUCUCUCUCUCAUGCAAUGGCCUCAGCCGAGCAACAGCUCCAGGUGCUUCAAGAGAAACAGCAGCAGCUUUUGAAGCUUCAGCAACAGAAAGCAAAGCUGGAAGCAAAACUACACCAGACAACAGCAGCAGCUGCUGCAGCAGCAUCAGCAGUUGGUCCUGUUCACAACUCUGUGCCUUCCAACUCAGUAGCAGCCCCAGGGUUCUUCAUUCAUCCGUCGGAUGUCAUCCCACCCACUCCUAAAACAACCCCCCUGUUUAUGACUCCGCCUCUAACGCCACCUAAUGAGGCAGUUUCUGCUGUUAUCAAUGCAGAGCUUGCACAGCUUUUUCCGGGCUCAGUCAUUGAUCCUCCACCAGUUAACCUUUCUGCACACAACAAAAAUGCAAACAAGUCCAGAACGAAUCCACUUGGGACUGGCCUUGCUCUUGCAAUAUCUCAUGCUUCACAUUUUCUUCAGCCUCCGCCUCAUCAGUCCAUCAUUAUAGAGCGAAUGCAUUCAGGUGCAAGGAGAUUUGUGACCUUGGACUUUGGCAGACCCAUAUUAUUGACAGAUGUGCUGAUUCCAACUUGUGGUGAUUUGGCUUCCUUGUCAAUUGAUAUUUGGACACUUGGUGAAGAAGUUGAUGGAAGAAGGCUAGUGGUCGCUACAGAUAUUAGCACCCAUUCUCUCAUUCUACAUGAUUUAAUACCACCACCAGUUUGCCGAUUCAUGAAGAUCACUGUCAUUGGUCGUUAUGGAAGUACAAAUGCGAGAGCCAAAAUUCCUUUAGGAUUUUACUAUGGCCAUACGUAUAUCUUGCCACUGGAAAGCGAGCUGAAGAUUAUGCACGAUCCUUUACGAGGGGAAGUCGAAUCUGCAAACCAGCCAGAAAUUGAUCAACACUUAGCUAUGAUGGUUGCAUUGCAGGAAGACAUACAGUGCAGGUAUAACCUAGCCUGCCAUAGACUUGAAACACUUCUGCAAAGCAUUGACCUUCCUCCAUUGAACAGUGCUAACAAUGCUCAGUAUUUUUUACGAAAGCCAGAUAAAGCAGUGGAGGAAGACAGUCGAGUAUUUUCUGCUUAUCAAGACUGCAUUCAGCUACAGCUUCAGCUUAAUUUGGCUCACCAUGCUGUACAGAGGCUUAAAGUAGCUCUUGGUGCAAGCAGGAAGAUUCUCAAGGAACAAAGUGAUCCCAAAGAGCUGAUUCAGAUGUCCUCCACAGAGCAGUUGCGCACAAUUAUCCGAUACCUGUUGGAUACUUUACUUAGCUUGCUCCACUCUUCCAAUGGGCAUUCUGUUCCUGUGGUUCUGCAAAGUACAUUUCAUGCUCAAGCUUGUGAAGAAUUAUUCAAGCACUUGUGUAUCAGCGGGACCCCUAAGAUACGCUUGCAUACAGGCCUUCUACUCGUUCAGCUUUGUGGAGGCGAAAGAUGGUGGGGACAGUUUCUUUCAAAUGUCCUGCAGGAAUUGUAUAAUUCAGAGCAACUUCUCAUUUUCCCACAGGACAGGGUCUUCAUGUUGCUUUCUUGCAUUGGCCAAAGAUCACUCAGCAACACUGGUGUCUUAGAAAGUUUGCUGAAUCUCUUGGAUAACCUGUUAUCCCCUCUUCAACCACAGCUCCCUGCCCACAGGUGCACAGAAGGUGUUCUGGACAUUCCUAUGAUUAGCUGGGUUGUAAUGCUGGUGUCCAGGCUCUUAGACUAUGUGGCAACUGUUGAAGAUGAAGCAGCUACAUCUAAGAAGCCUUUGAAUGGAAAAGAGAGAGAGAGAUUCUUGACAGGAAAUCAGUGGAGUUUCAUUAACAAUAAUCUUCAUACGCAAAGCCUCAAUAGGUCUUCAAAAGGCAACAGUAGCUUAGAUAGAUUGUAUUCCAGAAAGAUCAGAAAACAACUUGUUCAUCACAAACAGCAACUUAACUUAUUAAAAGCAAAACAGAAGGCUUUGGUGGAACAGAUGGAAAAAGAGAAAAUACAAAGCAACAAAGGAUCAUCCUAUAAACUUUUAGUAGAACAGGCAAAACUAAAACAGGCCACGUCAAAGCACUUUAAGGAUCUGAUACGUUUACGUCGGACUGCAGAGUGGCCCCGUUCUACAUUAGACACAGAAGUAUCAACGACAAAAGAAACUCCAGAAAUUGAACCCCUUCCAUUUACAUUGGCACAUGAACGCUGUAUCUCAGUAGUGCAGAAGUUGGCACUCUUUCUGUUGUCGAUGGAUUUUACUUGUCAUGCAGACCUGCUGCUGUUUGUAUGUAAGGUUCUUGCUAGAAUUGCCAACGCCACAAGGCCUACAAUCCAUUUGUGUGAAAUUGUAAAUGAAGCUCAGCUGGAAAGGCUACUAUUGCUUCUGGUUGGGACAGACUUUAACAGAGGUGAUAUCUCUUGGGGAGGCGCAUGGGCUCAAUAUUCUCUGACGUGUAUGCUGCAGGAUAUUCUAGCAGGAGAACUGUUGGCGCCAAUUGCUGCUGAAGCCAUGGAGGAAGCUGCAAUGGGAGAAGAGGCAGGGGCUUCAGCUGCAGACUCUGAUGAUGCACUUCAGCAGUCUGCAGCUCAAUUAGUGGAAACUAUUGAUGAGCCUUUGGCACAUGACAUCACAGGUACUCCACCCCUGUCAUCUUUGGAAAAAGAUAAAGACAUUGAUCUUGAGUUACUACAAGACCUGAUGGAAGUUGAUAUUGAUCCUUUAGAUAUUGAUUUGGAAAAGGAUCCUCUCGCAGCAAAAGUCUUCAAGCCUAUAAGCAGCACCUGGUAUGACUACUGGGGUGCUGACUAUGGUACAUACAAUUACAACCCUUACAUUGGAGGUGUUGGAAUUUCUGUGGCAAAACCACCAGUUACGACAGAGAAGAAUGGAUCACAAACUGUGAGCGUAUCAGUGUCUCAAGCUUUAGAUGCCCGUUUAGAGGUUGGACUUGAACAACAAGCAGAACUGAUGCUGAAAAUGAUGUCUACUCUGGAAGCGGAUUCCAUUCUACAGGCAUUGACCAACACAUCUCCUACAUUAACUCAGUCUCCUAGUGGAACAGAUGAUUCGUUGCUACGGGGGUUGCAUGCACCAAAUCAGAACAACCAGUUUAUUAUCCAGCUGUCCUCCAUACCAAUGUUAAGCGCAUGCUUCAACAAACUGUUCUCCAUGCUACAAGUCCAUCAUGUCCAGCUUGAGUCCCUCCUACAGUUAUGGCUCACAUUAAGCCUGAAUUCUGGGUCCACUGGGACUAAAGACAACUGCACUGACAUUUUCUUGUAUAAUGCCAACCGGACACCUGUCGUUCCUUUAAAUCAAGCUUCAGUAACUAGCUUCCUGACAGUCCUGGCAUGGUAUCCUAAUACCUUACUGCGAACAUGGUGCCUUGUACUUCAUAGUCUAACACUCAUGACGAACAUGCAAUUCAACUCUGGUCCCAGCAGUGCCAUUACAUCUCAGGAAAGUACUGCCCAGCUGUUGGUGUCAGAUCCCAACCUCAUUCAUGUUUUAGUGAAGUUUCUUUCUGGAACCAAUCCUCAUGGAACAAAUCAACAUAGUCCACAGGUUGGCCCAACUGCCACCCAAGCUAUGCAAGAGUUUCUUACUCGUUUACAAGUGCACCUUUCUUCAACGUGCCCUCAGAUGUUCAGUGAAUUUUUAUUAAAAUUAAUACAUAUUCUUUCAACUGAGAGGGGUGCUUUCCAGACUGGCCAGGGGCCCCUGGAUGCUCAAGUAAAGCUUCUGGAAUUUACACUUGAACAAAAUUUUGAAGUUGUUUCAGUGACCACCAUUUCCGCUGUUAUUGAAUCAAUCACAUUCCUGGUGCACCAUUACAUUACGUGUGCUGACAAAGUGAUGUCUCGUAGUGGGUCUGACAGCUCAGUGGGUGCUCGAGCGUGUUUCGGAGGGCUUUUUGCUAACAUCAUCCGGCCAGGGGAUGCUAAAGCAGUCUGUGGAGAGAUGACAAGGGAUCAGCUCAUGUUUGAUUUGCUGAAGCUGGUCAAUAUCCUGGUGCAGCUGCCACUUUCAAGCAACAGAGAAUACAGUGCUCGGGCUCAGAUGGCCAGCAGCACUACUGACAGUGUUUCUGACGAAGAAAAGGUUUCUGGUGGGAAAGAUAGCAACGGAAACAGUGGCAGUACUCAAGGCUCAACUGCCUAUGUGGCUGACCUAGUCUUAGCUAACCAGCAGAUUAUGAGCCAGAUUCUGUCUGCUUUGGGCCAGUGUAACAGCAGUGCGAUGGCAAUGAUAAUCGGUGCAAGUGGCUUACAUCUUACAAAACAUGAGAAUUUUCAUGGUGGAUUGGAUGCCAUAUCAGUUGGAGAUGGCUUAUUUACCAUACUAACAACACUCAGUAAAAAGGCCACUACCGUGCAGGUGAUGCUUCAGCCAAUUCUUACCUACAUGGCCUGUGGUUAUAUGGGAAGACAAGGUUCUCUAGCUACUUGCCAGUUAUCAGAGCCACUACUGUGGUUCAUCUUAAGAGUGCUAGAUACCAACGAGGCACUGAAAGCAUUUCAUGAUAUGGGAGGUGUUCAGCUUAUUUGCAAUAAUAUGGUGACCAGUACCAGAGCCAUCGUAAACACAGCGAGAAGUAUGGUUUCAACUAUUAUGAAAUUCCUGGACUCUGGUCCUAGCAAGGCAACAGAUAGUAGCCUGAAGGCAAGGGUGCUAGCUUCCGAGCCCGAUAAUGCAGAAGGAAUCCACAAUUUUGCACCAUUGGGUUCAAUCACAUCGAGCAGUCCUACAGCCCAGCCUGCUGAAGUGUUGCUACAGGCAACUCCACCUCACAGAAGAGCUCGGUCUGCUGCUUGGUCUUAUAUCUUUCUGCCCGAGGAAGCCUGGUGUGACCUUACGAUUCAUCUUCCUGCUGCAGUGCUGUUAAAAGAAAUACACAUCCAGCCUCAUCUUGCAUCCCUUGCAACGUGCCCUUCAUCAGUAUCUGUUGAAAUAAGUGCAGAUGGGGUGAACAUGUUACCUUUAUCUACGCCUGUUAUCACAAGUGGUCUUACCUACAUAAAAAUACAACUUGUAAAAGCUGAAGUUGCCUCAGCUGUUUGUCUUCGCCUUCACCGCCCACGAGAUGCUAGCACAUUAGGUCUCUCUCAGAUUAAAUUGCUGGGGCUCACUGCCUUUGGUAACACCUCAUCUGCAACAGUCAACAACCCAUUCCUUCCUUCUGAAGACCAGGUAUCCAAAACAAGCAUUGGAUGGCUAAGGUUGUUGCACCAUUGCCUCACUCACAUUAGUGAUUUAGAAGGAAUGAUGGCUAGUGCUGCAGCACCCACUGCCAACCUGCUGCAGACAUGUGCUGCUCUACUGAUGUCUCCAUACUGUGGCAUGCAUUCUCCAAACAUUGAGGCUGUGCUUGUCAAAAUUGGACUUCAGUCCACCAAGAUAGGCCUAAAACUAAUAGACAUCCUUUUAAGAAACUGUUCUGCAUCUGGGAGUGAUCCUACAGAUUUGAACAGUCCCUUGCUUUUUGGAAGAUUAAAUGGCCUAUCAUCUGACUCCACAAUUGAUAUUCUCUAUCAACUUGGGACCACUCAGGAUCCUGGAACAAAAGAUAGAAUUCAAGCCCUGUUGAAGUGGGUCAGCGAUUCAGCAAGAAUAGCUGCUAUGAAAAAAAGUGGUCGAAUUAACUACAUCUGUCCAAAUAGCUCCACAAGAGAGUAUGGUCUUCUGAUGCCAUCUCCUUCCCAUUUGCACUGUGUAGCAGCAAUUUUAUGGCACAGCUAUGAAUUGCUUGUAGAAUAUGACUUGCCAGCGUUGCUGAACAGAGAGCUCUUUGAGUCUCUCUUUAAUUGGUCCAUGUCUCUUCCCUGCAAUAUGGUUUUGAAGAAAGCUGUUGACAGUCUGCUUUGUUCAAUGUGCCACAUUCACCCAAAUUAUUUUUCCUUACUCAUGGGUUGGAUGGGUAUUACUCCUCCCCCUGUACAGUUGCAACACAGACUGUCUAUGACAGAUGACAGCAAAAAGCAGGACCUUAGUUCAUCUUUAACAGAUGACUCUAAAAAUGCACAAGCACCUCUUGCACUAACAGAGUCUCACCUGGCCACCCUUGCUGCCUCAUCACAGUCUCCUGAAGCUAUUAAACAGCUGUUGGACUCAGGUUUGCCCUCUCUUCUUGUAAGAAGCCUUGCGAGUUUUUGCUUUAACCAUACCUCUGCCUAUGACUUCUAUGCUCAGUCAACAGACAAUUCCCAGGACAGGUUCAGAAGACACCAUGUUCCACAGCACUUUAAUAAAAUGCCCAUCACAGCAGACUUAGUUGCUCCUGUUCUCAGGUUCUUGACGGAUGUCGGGAACAGCAACCUUAUGAAGGACUGGUUGGGUGGCUCUGAAGUCAACCCUCUGUGGACAGCACUUUUAUUUCUCCUCUGCCAUUCUGGUGCUACUUCUGGAGGACAUGGUAUGGCAACACAACAGAAUAGUGCCAGGCCCACUUUACUUUCUUCAGCUUCAGGAACAGGAUUGACCACUCAGCAAAGGACUGCAAUUGAAAACGCCACAGUUGCAUUCUUCUUGCAGUGCAUCUCUUGCCAUCCUAAUAACCAGAGACUGAUGGCUCAGGUUCUCUGUGAACUCUUUCACUCUUCUCCUCAAAGAAGCAAUCUCCCAACUUCUGGAAAUAUUUCAGGAUUUAUUAGAAGGCUUUUUUUGCAGUUGAUGUUAGAGGAUGAAAAAGUGACAAUGUUCCUUCAGUCACCUUGUCCACUGUACAAAGGUAGAAUUAAUGCUACCAGCCAUGUAAUUCAGCAUCCAAUGUAUGGGGCAGGACACAAAUUCCGCACUCUUCUCUUACCAGUCUCAACAACGUUGGCAGAGGUUCUUGAUCGUGUGUCAGAUACCCCGAGUAUAACUGCAAAAUUAAUUAGUGAACAAAAAGAAGACAAGGAAAAAAAGAACUAUGAAGAAAAAGAAAAAGUUAAAGCAGAAAAUGGGUUUCAGGACAAUUACAGUGUUGUUGUUGCCUCUGGUUUGAAAUCUCAAUCAAAAAGGGCUGUAUCUUCUACACCUCCUCGCCCACCAUCAAGGCGAGGAAGAGUGAUAGCAGAUAAAGUAGGCAGCUCCUCCACGGGAGGUGACACUUCCAGCAAAACUAUUAGUGUUCCUGUUUUUCACCUGUACCAUAAACUCCUACCAGGUCAGCCACUACCACCUGAGAUGACACUUGCCCAGCUUCUGACUCUGCUGUAUGACCGCAAACUCCCUCAAGGAUACCGAUCCAUAGAUUUGGCGGUUAAGCUUGGCUCCAAAGUGAUCUCAGACCCAAGCCUUUCAAAAACAGAUUCAUUUAAGCGCCUCCAUACUGAAAAAGAGCAUGCAGAUAUAUUGGGGCCUUGUACUGAAGAUGAAGCAGUCACGCCAGGUGAGGAGUGCAUGGAUACAGUACUGGAUGAAUCCUUUCUUGAAGUGUGCCCCAUUCAAUCUCCGUUACAAGUUUUUGCUGGAAUGGGUGGGUUGGCCCUCAUCGCAGAAAGACUUCCUAUGCUUUAUCCAGACGUAAUUCAACAAGUGAGUGCUCCAGUGGUUACAUCCACCACCCAGGAAAAGCAGAAGGACAGUGAUCAGUUUGAAUGGGUUACCAUUGAACAAUCGGGAGAACUGGUUUAUGAAGCCCCAGAAACAAUUGCUGCAGAACCACCACCUAUCAAAUCAACAGUACAGACUAUGUCUCCCAUACCUGCUCAUUCUUUGGCUGCUUUUGGAUUAUUUCUUCGCCUCCCAGGCUAUGCUGAGGUGCUACUUAAAGAGAGGAAACAUGCCCAGUGUCUGCUUAGAUUGGUGCUGGGAGUUACAGAUGAUGGUGAAGGAAGUCAUAUUCUACAGUCUCCUUCAGCUAAUGUGCUUCCAACACUUCCAUUUCAUGUGCUGCGCAGCUUGUUCAGCACCACACCUUUGACUACUGAUGAUGGAGUACUACUUAGGCGGAUGGCACUGGAAAUUGGGGCAAUACAUCUCAUCCUUGCCUGUCUGUCUGCUCUUAGCCACCAUGCUCCAAGGGUUCCCAAUUCUAGUCCCAACCAAUCAGAGCCACAGGCGUCAAGCACACAUAACAGUGCAUCAACAGAAGAACAGCAGCUUUACUGGGCCAAAGGCACUGGAUUUGGAACUGGUUCUACUGCUUCUGGAUGGGAUGUUGAACAAGCUUUAACUAAACAAAGACUGGAAGAAGAGCAUGUUACUUGCCUCUUGCAGGUUUUGGCUAGCUACAUAAAUCCUGCCGGCAGCACAUCAAAUGGAGAUGUCCAGACCAGCCAUGAAAGUAGAGGACAAAACAGCAAUGCCCUUCCGUCAGUUCUCUUAGAGCUACUUAGUCAAUCAUGUCUUAUUCCAGCAAUGUCAUCUUAUCUCCGCAAUGAUUCAGUUCUGGAUAUGGCAAGGCACGUGCCCCUCUACAGAGCUCUGUUGGAACUUCUCCGUGCUAUUGCCUCAUGUACAUCUAUGGUGCCCUUGUUACUGCCUCUGUCUGGGGAUGGCGGAGAAGAGGAGGAAGAGCAGUUGGAGUCCCAGGCUUCAGUCGGAACUCUGUUGGCUAAAAUGAAGACAUGUGUGGAUACUUAUACUAAUCGACUGAGGUCUAAAAAGGACAAAUCUAAAACUGGAGUGAAGUCUGAUACUUCAGAUCAAGAACCAGAGGGGCUGACACUUUUGGUGCCAGAUAUCCAAAGGACUGCUGAGAUAGUUUAUGCUGCUACAACAAGUUUGCGCCAGGCAAACCAAGAGAGAAAAUUGGCUGAAUACUCUAAAAAAGCUGCAGUGAAGCCCAAGCCUUUGUCUGUUUUAAGAUCCCUUGAAGAAAAAUAUGUGGUUGUAAUGAAAAAACUCCAGUUUGAUACUUUUGAGAUGGUUUCUGAAGAUGACGAUGGAAAACUGGUGUUUAAAGUAAAUUACCACUACAUGUCUCAGGUGAAAAAUGCCAGUGAUGCAAAUAGUGCUGCCAGAGCCCGACGUCUUGCUCAAGAAGCUGUAACGCUCUCUACAUCACUGCCACUUUCCUCUUCAUCCAGUGUCUUUGUCCGCUGUGAUGAGGAGAGACUAGACAUCAUGAAGGUUUUGAUAACUGGCCCAGCAGACACACCUUAUGCAAAUGGCUGCUUUGAAUUUGACGUGUAUUUUCCACAAGACUAUCCUAAUUCACCUCCACUUGUAAAUCUGGAAACAACUGGAGGACACAGUGUGAGAUUCAAUCCAAACCUGUACAAUGAUGGCAAGGUUUGUUUAAGUAUACUUAACACCUGGCAUGGAAGACCAGAAGAGAAGUGGAAUCCCCAGACAUCCAGCUUUUUACAAGUGUUGGUGUCUGUGCAAUCCCUCAUAUUAGUUGCAGAGCCCUAUUUCAAUGAGCCAGGAUAUGAAAGAUCUCGAGGGACUCCAAGUGGCACGCAGAGUUCCAGAGAAUACGAUGGAAAUAUACGGCAAGCAACAGUCAAGUGGGCUAUGCUUGAACAAAUCAGAAAUCCCUCGCCAUGUUUUAAAGAGGUUAUACAUAAACAUUUCUACUUGAAGAGAGUAGAGAUCAUGGCUCAGUGUGAGGAGUGGAUAGCAGAUAUACAGCAGUAUAGCAGCGAUAAACGGGUAGGAAGGACUAUGUCUCAUCAUGCUGCAGCUCUAAAGCGUCACACAGCUCAGCUGCGGGAAGAGCUUCAGAAACUGCCCUGCCCCGAAGGCCUGGACCCAGAUGUUGACGAUUCAGCUGAGAAAUGCAGUGCCAUGACGAGUGCUGAAGAUGCUCUGUUGCACGAGCAAGUCAAACCGAGCAGCAGUAAAGACCUCCCCAGUGACUUCAAAUUAUGAGCUGCAUUGACAUGGACUUGACAGACACACGAGGCUUUCAAGCACAAGCCAAAUAUGUCAAUAUUUGUAUCUAAGAAGCUAAUUAUGUAAUAGGUAAUGACAUUGAAACUAUACUAUGCCCUUCAGGAUAUACAGUUUAAUUCAAGAUGAUCUUUUAUUUACCUGUACAAGAGUGUAAACUUUUUUGUGCUUUUAUUUUCCAAUUGUGAGAACCACUGAUUGGUAUGUUUAAAAAGUUAUGUAUACAAGAAUGGAUAAAUCACUGAUAUAUAAGGGAAGCUACCUUAGGAAAGAAUGUUUACUGAAUGUUUAUUAAUUUUUUUUUACUUGUAGAGUGAGGGCGGUUGUAACAAAGAAUAUAUAUUGGUCAUUCUUACAGCUACUAUUUAAAGUCGGACAGUUUUCACUGAAUUUGAUAGAUUUUACGUUUGGCCAUUUCUCCAUUCUCAUAUUUGAUUCCUAAAGAGAAACUCCUGUAUACUUCAAUAAAGGUCAAAUGGACAUGC